CUGCCGUCCGCCGCCGCCGCCGCGCCCACCGACUCGGCGCUGCUGGCGCUGGUGCAGGCGCUGCCGCAGGCGCUGCUCCGCCAGCACGAGUACGAGGACCCCGCGGUGCGCGGGGGCAAGCACCUCAUGCACUCCGACUUCUUCAAGGUUCUGGUUGCCCUUGCAUGUGACUUAGGUUUGGAUUCAUUACCAUGUUGCUCUGAGAAUCAUAAAUGGUCAUGGUUCAGGCGAUACUGCAUGGCAGCUCGUGUUGCAUCUGCACUUGUGAAUCGAACUGCCUUGCCCCAUUCCUUUUGUGUGGAGGUUCGCAAGAAAAUUCUGGAAAUUGCACCUGAUAGUGAUGGACAAGGUUGGGAACAUGAAAAUCACCAGUUGUUCCGCCAAGAACAUGAUGAGCAAUUACUUAUGUGGUUACACAGUUGGUCUGGCUCUGGCACUAUAUAUGGAUGGGGACAUAAUCAUCGAGGUCAGUUAGGAGGAGUGGAGGGAGCAAAAGUGAAAUUACCCACUCCAUGUGAGGCUCUGUCUGCUUUGCGCCCAGUGCAGUUGGCAGGUGGAGAGCAGACCCUUGUUGCUGUGACAGCAGAUGGGAAAGUUUAUGCCACAGGAUAUGGAGCAGGGGGGCGUUUAGGAGUCGGUGGCACUGAUUCUGUUCUCUCGCCUACUCUUCUUGAGUCCAUUCAGCAUGUCUUCAUAAAGAAAGUUGCAGUAAAUUCAGGAGGAAAACAUUGCCUUGCACUUUCAGCAGAAGGAGAGGUUUAUUCUUGGGGUGAAGGUGAUGAUGGCAAACUUGGUCAUGGAAACCGCAGUUCUUGUGAACGUCCACGUGUAAUUGAAGCACUUCGUGGUAAAGAAGUAAUAGAUAUUGCUUGUGGUGGUGCCCAUUCAGCAGCUAUUACUCAUGGUCGAGAGUUAUACACCUGGGGCAAGGGUCGCUAUGGUCGUCUGGGUCAUGGAGACAGUGAAGAUCAGCUGCGCCCAAAACUUGUGGAAGCACUGCUGGGUUACCAAGUCGUAGAUGUUGCCUGUGGCAGUGGUGAUGCUCAGACUCUGUGCAUCACGGAUGAUGAUAAUGUGUGGUCGUGGGGUGAUGGAGAUUAUGGGAAGCUAGGUCGUGGUGGUUCAGAUGGCUGCAAGAUUCCCCUCAAGAUUGAAUCAUUGGCAGGUCUGGGUGUUAUUAAAGUUGAAUGUGGAUCUCAGUUCUCUGUUGCACUUACUCGAUCUGGCAGUGUGUAUACUUGGGGAAAGGGAGACUAUCAUCGUCUGGGACAUGGCACAGAUGACCAUGUACGCAGACCACGUAAGGUAGCAGCUCUUCAGGGAAAAAAGAUAGUUUGCAUUGCUACAGGCUCACUGCAUUGUGUGGCUUGCAGUGAUCAGGGUGAAGUCUUCACUUGGGGAGACAACGAUGAGGGGCAGUUGGGGGAUGGAAGCACAAACGCUAUUCAAAGGCCUCGCCUCGUCGUCGCUUUGCAGGCAAAGAAAAUUACACAAGUUGCUUGUGGUUCAGCUCAUACCUUGGCAUGGAGUACCAAUAAACCAGCAUCUGCAUCCCGACUACCUGCAGGAGCUCCUCUGGAAUAUGAUUUGGUGCGAGAUUUACCAUUGCCACUACUACGAAAUCGUCUUGUUUUGCUGCACCACUUCUCUGAACUCUUUUGUCCAAGUGUAGCUAUGUUUCCUAUGGAUGGUGAAGGGGGAUUGGACCGAUUGCGUGGUAUACUGGUUUCUUCGACAAAAGAGGCAACAUUCCGUAAGGUGGUCCAGGCUACAAUGGUGCGUGAUCGACAACACGGACCAGUUAUUGAACUUAAUCGUAUUCAGGUGAAACGAUCAAGAUCUAAAGGUGGUCUUGCUGGACCAGAUGGAAUGAAAUCUGUUUUUGGACAAAUGGUGGCCAAGUUGCCCCUUCUCAGCCCAGAUACACUUUUCUUACCACAUCGCGUAUGGAAAGUGAAAUUUGUGGGGGAGAGCGUGGAUGAUUGUGGUGGUGGAUAUUCAGAAAGCAUUACUGAAAUGUGUGAAGAACUUCAGAACGGUUCUCUACCUCUACUGAUAAGCACACCGAAUGGACGUGAUGAAGCUGGAACAAAUCGGGAUUGUUUCCUAUUGAAUCCUGCUUUGAAAUCACCAUUACAUAUGAACAUGUUUCGAUUCCUUGGUGUUCUAAUGGGAAUUGCGAUUCGCACGGGGUCACCUCUAUCUCUGUCCCUGGCUGAGCCUGUGUGGAAGCAGCUGGCUGGACUCCCACUCACUCCGGCAGAUCUCACAGAGGUGGAUCGGGAUUAUGUUCCUGGUCUCCUCUGCAUCCGAGACAUGGAGCCAGAUGCUAAAGCAUUUAGUGCCCUUGAAAUGCCUUUCAGUUCACCAAGUGCGUGUGGGGCGGAAGUGCCACUGUCAACUCGUUAUAAACGUAUCACUCCUGAAAAUCGUUUAGAAUAUGUACGAUAUGAACUGGAGACUAUGGUUUGUGGUUCUCCCGACAUUCCACUCAAUCUUUUGAAAUCUGUGGCUACAUAUAAAGUUAUGGAAGAAUUCUCAAACCAAGAGCGCUCUCUAUUUUUACGAUUCGUUUGGGGCCGUACUCGGCUACCUCGCACAAUUGCAGAUUUUCGUGGGCGAGACUUUGUUUUGCAAGUUCUUGAUAAGUACAGCCCUCCAGAUCACUUCCUACCAGAAAGUUAUACCUGUUUUUUUCUAUUGAAAAUGCCACGUUAUUCUUGCAAGGCUGUCCUUCGAGAGAAGCUCAAAUAUGCCAUCCAUUUUUGCAAAUCUAUUGAUACAGAUGAAUAUGCACGAGUUGCUAUGCCUAGUUCUGGUGGUGCAUCAUCAAAUUGUGAUUCAGAUGAUGUGGACUCAAUUGCCAGUGAUGGACCAGAUGAAGUUGGAUCUCGGACUUUGAAGACGCACAAAAUUUUUCGAUUCAUCGUCUACAUCAAUAUUGAGUUCCGUUUGGUCUGCGAUCGAGCAAUUCUGUUGCCGACACUCCAGACGGUGGUGCCUGCUGGAAAGUUGUUUGGAUCUCUCUUCAUGGGUUGGUUUUCUGAUGGUCUUGGUCGCAAACCCGGUUUCAUCAUUUCGUCUUCCUUUUAUAUGCUUGCUGCUGCAAUCCCCUUCAUGUUUCAAGACUACAUAGGCCUGUGCAUAGGACGGUUUUUAAUGGGAAUUGGAGGAACUGGUUGCUUUUACAGCGGCCUCACUCUCAGUGUGGAAGUGGCCUCUUUGAAAUGGAGAAGUAUUCUCGGGGUCCUGUUUAAUAUCAGCUAUGCGUUGGGAAUGGUGACGUUGCCGCUCUUGUCAAUGUUCAUAACUCAAUGGCGCCAGCUGCUUCUGGCAGUUACAAUGCCAAUUUACCUUCUUUUUGACGAGGAAAAAACUGGUGAAAAAUUAACGUGUGAAGAUGUGAAGAGAAAAAUUGUGAAAAUAUUGAAAUUGAUCUCAAACUUCUGCGUCCACUCUGAACUGAUCUUUCGGCUGAUGGCCAUGAUUCACAUAUUCAAUGUAGUGAAUGGCGUGAUGGAAGCGAUUGGAUAUUCCACGCCCAUCCUCCUUUUGAAGUGGUUUCCACGUCGCCUUUUGGGCUUUGGGCUGCUUAUGAUUGCGGGAUCAGCUCUCAUCAUCACUAUUCCCAUUCCUCGAGACAUUUAUUGGAGUUCUAUGCUUGAGUUGGUGAUCAUCAUGAUUAUCCGGGUCACCAAUUCCGGUGUUUUUGCUGUAAUAAUAGUUCUCACUGCUGAACUAUUUCCUACGGAAGAGAGGGCUACUGCUCUUGGAAUAUGUUCAGCCACGUCCCAUGUUGCAGGAAUGAUAUCGUCGUUUCUUGUUGGCUACGAAUCGGGACCGUUGGGGAAAAAUUUUGCUAUACUACUAUGUGGCAUUGCCACCAUAGGAAUUGCAAUAAUUAUACUCCUUGUGCCUGAAACGAAAGGGAAACCAUUGAUGGACACCAUUGAAGAUCUGGAAGAAAAAGUGAAAGAAGGCGAUAGAAUAUCUUGCGUUAAUCUUGUAAGGUUUAAAUGGAGACCACAGGAAUAGUUACAAGUGACACUAUUGAGAGUAGUGUGAUGUGUUGAUAAAUACGAAGUAAUAAAUGUUUUGUGCCGCAUCAAUAUUGGAUGUAAUUUGUAAUAAAAAUGACGAUCAUUUGUAAUUGUAGCAUGCAUUAUUUUUAAGAUUAAGGACUCUUUAAAGAUUAGGCCGACUCUUUUAACGUCUCUUAAAGGACGUUAAGGCAUAGGCAUAGAACACAUUGUUAAAUAAAAAUUAUA